UUCACGAUACACCAGAAAUGGCAUAAUGGCUGCCGCGAAAAGCGAAGCUGAAUCGAGUCAACGAAAUUUGGCCGAAAGCUUAAUCAAGGAUUCUAAGAUCAAACUGCGACCAAUUUCUGAACACGUUAUAAGAAAGAGAUUACCGCCACGUUUACCGAAGGGUGACAAGGACUUCUAUAUCACCAACAAAACAAACUUCAAGGCUCAGCUGAAUAAAUGUGAAAAACUACUGGAUUCCGGUGAACAAGAAAUUGUUAUUCAUGCUCUUGGUGCUGCGGUAAGCAGAGCUUGCAAUUUGGGCUUACAACUGAAAGCAAAUCACCACGGAACUGUGGAUUUGGACAUAAAUACGUCAACUGUAGAUAUAAUUGAUGAUUUUGAGCCCAUCACAGACGAUGCUGACUAUGAGGUAAAUCAACGGCAAAAUUCAGCCAUUCAUAUUCGAGUCUUCCGCACAGCAUUGUUUGGGACACUAAAAUAAUCACAUACUAUUAAUUUUAAGUGAGUUUAUUCAGUCUGAGGUAGCGUUUGGAUGUAAGGUUUAUACUUUAUAAGACAAUGAACAAGCUUAAUUUUGAUAUUUGA